GCCCGCCCUCCGCUAGGGGUGUGGGGAGAGGCUCCGGCAGGUGAUGCGCCCUCCCGCUUGACAGCCGCAUCUGCAGCCAAGGACGACAGCAGGUUGGCGGGGCCGGGGCGAGGCGCAGAUGCUCUCUCUGGGCGAGCAGCAGCAGUAGGCAGCGGCGGGGUUUCUCUGAGCCAUUUAAACCAAGGCUGGAGCCAGCCCCGGCAAUCGGCUCGCGAAGGGAGCAACGCUCCGCUGCGGGGACGGACUUUUACUCUUAAUCAAACCCCCGCUCCGAUUUCGGUGCCGCCGCCGCCGCGGGCUGCUCGCCCAGCUCCUCCAAGGCACCGAAGAGGAAGCCGCGUCCCUGCGCCCCCUUUGCAGCCCGGCCCGGCGGGGGCAUGGAGAGCAAGCGCUGCUUCGCCAACCGCUUCGAUGACUACGCGGGCAGCCUGCCGGCCGGGCAGCGCCACGAGGCGGUGGUGCCCUGGGUCGCCUCCACCAUCGAGCGCAUCCUGCAGCAGGUGCCCCCGCUGGAGGGCGGCGCGGCGGGGGGCGGCCUGUACGGCGGGCUGGCCGGGGUGGCCUACAUGCUGUACCACGCCGCGCGCUGCCCGCUCCUGGCCCCGGCCCGGGACACCUACCUGCGGGCGGCCCGGCGCCUCAUCGACGCCUGCGUGCGCUCCGAGGAGGAGUGGGGCGAGCCGGACGCCGACACGCGGGCCGCCUUCCUGCUCGGCGGGGCUGGGGUCUACGCGGUGGCCGCGCUCGUCUACCAAGCCCUGGGGCUGCCCGACUUCGGCCGGCUGCUGGGCCGGUUCCGGGAGCUGAGCCAGAUCUGCGCCCCCGUCUCCUUCCUGGAGUGCGGCUCCGACGAGCUCUUCGUGGGCCGGGCCGGCUACCUGUGCGCCGCCCUGGUGCUCAAGCAGAAGCUGGGCAUGGAGAUGUUGACCCCAGUACAGAUCAGAUCAAUUUGCCAGGCUAUAUUAGAAUCUGGGAAGCAGUAUGCUGUGAAGAAGAGGAAACCAUGCCCACUCAUGUACUCUUAUUAUGGAACAGAAUACCUUGGUGCAGCCCAUGGCCUUUCAUCCAUCCUUCAGAUGCUGCUGUCCUAUUACGAGUACCUUCAGCCUGCAGAUCAGGAGCUUGUAUGGCAGAGCAUUGACUUUCUUAUGGACCAAGAACAGAAUAGCAACUGGCCUCCUGAACUGGGAGAGACAAUUGAGCGGGAGAAUGAGCUUGUGCACUGGUGUCAUGGAGCUCCAGGUAUUGCAUACCUGUUUGCUAAAGCUUUUCUGAUUUCCAAGAAGCCCCAGUAUCUAGACACUUGUAUCCGCUGUGGGGAACUGACAUGGCAGAAGGGCCUGCUGAAGAAGGGACCUGGAAUUUGCCAUGGAGUGGCUGGUAGUGCCUAUGUGUUCCUACUCCUAUAUAGGCUUACUGGGAACUCUAAAUACAUCUAUAGAGCACAAAGGUUUGCAGAGUUCUUAUUUACAGAAGAAUUUAAGGCUGGUUCCCGGGCAUUAGAAAACAUAUAUAGUCUGUAUGAAGGCUUCUCGGGGACUGUGUGUUUCCUGAUUGACUUGCUGCAGCCCAACCAGGCCGAAUUCCCGCUCUUCAGUGUCUUUGUCUAGAGAAGGGUGUUCUCCAGUGCCACAUUGGAACAGCCAUGCACAGGGCACCUGCAGUUUCACUUAUCUGUAAAGGGAGGCUAUUUACAAAAUAAGCCACAUUCAGUGGUACCACUAAUGCUAGCCUUAAUUUUGCUGGGGGGUCAGGAAAAAGCCUAAAUAUACUGGGGUUUGGGGAGGGAAGUAUGUGGUUUUUUAAAAAAUUAACAGUUUAAAAAUAAAAGGGGAGAAUGAAGUGAUUUUUCAAAAUUGAA